AUGACCCUGGCUACACACGAACCGAAUUCCACCUCACUCCACAAGAAGGGACUUGCAUCGGCCACGUUUGAUUACACACUUUCGCCGAAAGCCCUGUGUUCUGCUGUAGCUCGCAUCUCACAAUCCCACACAACGCUGCUGACUACGCCGUUGACAAAUUUCCAAGCGUUGUACCGACGAGUCGCCACGAUCAGACAGGAACAACCACCGCCACAACCCCUCCCUACAGUGUCUGAUUUCGUGGGCUAUGCGGGUGAAGCAAUUGUUGAGUUGACGGACACGAAAUCAGAAGCAGGUUCCAACCUUCCCGAGAUACCUGCUUUUCUCAUAUACAGAGACGCACAUAGAGGCUUCCCGCCCCUCUUCAGGGAUGCCUCAAACAACCGACAUCAGGCAGACCCGCCCACCCAGGCCAGCGCCCCCAACGGGGUGGGUCGGUUCUUCGGAUUCGCCGACUCAGCUGCAGCCUUUCUUCAGCAGAUCCUACAGCACCGAAAUUCGCCAUCACUACUAGAGCAAACUGGUGAUGUGCGAGCGGUGAGGAUGGAAGACUACGAUAAAAAAGUCGUCUACACAACCGCUAGGCGUCACGCUGCUACGACGGAGAAAGUCAUUAAAUCGAAGCGCAUUCCAUUCAAUGGACAUGCGCAUUGCAGGCUGGAUGGCAUGGUAAUUGUCCACAUGGGUACCUCCUUGAACUCCAACUCGUUAAACCCCGUUGGUGAAUUCCAGCAGUGCAACAACUUUGCAUCACUCCGAGUUUUCAUUGAAUCAAAUUCA